CAGACUGGCCUUUAUGCGGCAAGGGGUGAGUGUGGCUGACGAGGUGAAGACUGACAGGUGUGUAGGUGAGACAGAUGUAAUGAUUGGGGAGACGCCCAGCCCACACUGGUGAACAUACGGGUGAUAUUACCUCUUAUUUGUAUCGCACACGCAUGCGCGCGCACACACACAAACGCACGACAGGAGUUUCAGUGAUAAUGGGCAUCCAGUCAGUUAGCUAGUCAGCAGUACUUUGGCUUUAAUAAGCUUUAAAUUAGCAUGCUAAAUGUGUGCUUCUCUCAUUGCUAUUCAAAAAGAACUGAAGUACGGUGGUACUGUUAUUUUGUCACAGAUUCUGUUCAGAACCUUUAUGGAUAGAAUUUUGAGAGUCAAUCGAGGCAUUGACAGGGUUUAAAUUGUUGGCCUCAGUUUUGCAUCCCUGCUUUUUGCAGAUGAUGCGGUACUGUUGACUUCUUCAAGCCACGAUGUCCAACACCCACUGGAGCGGUUUCGCAGCCAAUGUCUUGCGGUCUUGUUCACGGUUGAGGGCAAAGAUAGGGUCUGCUCCUCUGCCUCCGCACUCCCAGGCAGCGUCAGUGCUCAUCAUGCUCGUCGUCACAGUCAUCAUCCUCGUGACAGUUGUGGGAAAUGUGCUGGUUGUGGUGGCCGUUUUUACCAGCCGUGCCUUGCGGGCUCCUCAAAAUCUUUUCCUCGUGUCUCUGGCUUCAGCGGACAUACUGGUGGCGACGUUGGUCAUCCCCUUCUCCUUGGCCAAUGAGGUGAUGGGCUACUGGUAUUUUGGUUCCACCUGGUGCUCCUUUUACCUGGCUCUGGACGUUUUGUUUUGCACUUCAUCCAUUGUCCAUCUUUGUGCCAUCAGCCUCGACCGCUACUGGUCGGUCACGAAAGCCGUCAGCUACAACCGCAAACGGACGCCCAAACGGAUUAAAAUGAUGAUCAGUGUUGUGUGGCUGAUAUCGAUCGUCAUCUCUUCACCACCUCUUCUCAUGGCACACACAGAGGUGGGUUGGGACUUCACGGAUGACAACGACGACCCCCAGAAGCAGGAGUGUCUACUCAACAACCAGACUUGGUACAUCCUCUCCUCCUGCCUUGUGUCCUUCUUUGCGCCAGGAGUUAUCAUGAUACUGGUCUACUGUAAGAUAUACCGAGUUGCCAAACAGCGAGCCUCCACUGUAUUCGUGGCGAAGAAUGUGAUCGAGCGGCAACCGUCCCAAUCUGAGACCUGCUUUGGGGGUGCCCAUAGGACUAUCCAAGAAGUUGGAGCCAAGUGCAGAAAAUCCCUGUACAAGGCGGACAACCAACUGCCGGGGAACGCACGCAGCUCUUCUAACAUAGAGAGCAACAGCAGCAGCCACAAGAGAGAAGAGUUGGACAAUAUUAACUUAGAGGAGAAAAGUCGGGAGGAUGACCUAAAGACAUCUUCCUUGUUUUCUGCUUCGCUCCGCUUCCCCAGGAGAGCUGGUGGGAAGAGGAAAACAGAGGAGGAAAAAGACACUGAGGGAUCGGCAAGCAGGUUGAAGCCUCCGCCACCAUCUUGUGCUUCCAUAUCGUGGGUAUCCUCGGAUCACUGCUCCCAUCACCUCUUCCUCCCUUCUCCUGUGGCGCGCCAAAGCAGACAGAUGUCUUUGUCCAGAAACAAAGUGGCACAAAUGAGGGAGAAGCGAUUUACGUUUGUUCUGGCAGUGGUGAUGGGAGUAUUUGUCCUCUGCUGGUUCCCCUUUUUCUUUACUUACAGUCUCCAAGCACUGUGCAAAGAGAAAUGCAUGAUUCCUGAUGCACUUUUUAACCUCUUUUUCUGGAUCGGCUACUGCAACAGUUGCCUGAACCCGAUUAUUUAUACCAUUUUUAAUCGAGACUUUAGGAGGGCCUUUAAAAAGAUUAUAUUCCAGACUCGUAAAUGAACAUAAACCCGUGACUGAAUGUGCUCAAACACAAAUGUGUGCACAGUUUUAAUCCAAAUUUUCCACUGCCCUGUAACAUCAACAUUAAAGGGCUUGUCUCUGAGGAUUUCUUUAUUAUCGACCAACUGAAUAACCAUUAACCAUUUAUGGAAGAGCAACAAGCCAGGACAAGAUGAGUGGAAGACAUUUGAAGGAUGGGGUCUCAAAUUAAGUUCCCUUACUGCACAACAGUUCACAUAAACUACCUGUUUGAAUGUUCAUUGGGGGAAAAUGACUGCAGGGUUGUCAUCCCCCUUGAAACUGUACGCUAUUUGCUCUCUUCCUAAUAUUGACGGUAAAAAGGGAUUCUGAGGGAGAGUUGACCAUAAUCCGUUCCAUUUUAGGGUUGAUGUGUAAUAUGUUUAAUUUUCAUGAUUCAUGUCCCCGGCCCAUAAGAAUCAGUUAUGUUAAGAGUUCGAAUGAUAGUUUUCCAGACCUUUAUUAACAGUGCG